AAUGCCAGGUGCUUGUGAAGAAAUUAUUGAUGAUAUAGAAGAUUUAAUAUCUUCACAAGAUAUAACGCCUAAAGAGAGAUAUUCCAGUAGAAAAAAUGUGAGUGUACGGUCAAAAAAACGGGAGAAGGAUGCUGAGCCUGUGGAAAAAGUUAUAUUAGAAAGUGUCGUUCCAGGAACACAAACAAUCUACGUGAAGACAUGGGGUUGUGCGCACAACAACUCAGACUCGGAGUACAUGGCAGGACUGCUGGCUGCGGCCGGCUACCCCCUCACCGAGGACAAGUGGCAAGCCCAGCUGUGGUUACUUAACUCCUGCACUGUGAAGAGUCCUUCUGAGGACCAUUUCAAAAAUGAGGUGGAACUUGGCAAAAGCCGCGGCAUACAUGUAGUAGUGGCGGGCUGCGUGCCGCAAGGGGCCCCUCGCGCCGGCUACCUGCAGGGCAUCAGUGUAGUUGGAGUGCAGCAGAUUGACAGGAUUGUUGAGCUUGUAGAAGAGACACUAAAAGGCCACACAGUUCGCCUGCUCGGCCAAAAGAAGACCUCCACAGGCCGCAAAGCAGGUGGCGCCUCCCUCCUCCUCCCCAAAGUCAGGAAGAACCCCCUCAUCGAGAUCAUCCCCAUCAACACGGGCUGUCUCAACCAGUGCACAUACUGCAAAACUAAACAUGCCCGAGGAGAACUGGGCAGCUAUCCUCCUGAGGAGAUCGUGGAGCGGGCGAGGCAGAGCUUUGAGGAGGGGGUGGUGGAGAUCUGGCUCACUAGCGAGGAUACAGGCACGUACGGUCGCGACAUAGGCACAUCCCUCCCCGCUCUACUCUGGCGCCUGGUGCAGGCGAUCCCCGAGGGCUGCAGGGUGCGACUGGGCAUGACGAACCCCCCGUACAUCUUGGAACACUUGGCCGAGGUGGCCAAGGUGAUACAGCACCCGAGAGUGUACAAGUUCCUCCAUGUGCCCGUUCAGUCGGGCAGCGACGCAGUACUUGCUGACAUGAAGAGGGAAUACUCCUGCGCAGACUUUGAACACGUCGUAAAUUUUCUUAGAAAAGAAGUUCCCGGCAUGACCAUAGCCACAGACAUAAUCUGCGGGUUCCCCACGGAAACGGAAGUGGACUUCGAGCACACCAUGACGCUAUGCCGGAAGUACCGCUUCCCUUCACUCUUCAUCAACCAGUUUUUUCCCCGUCCGGGCACGCCUGCUGCUAAAAUGACCAAGGUACCCGGCCAAGAGGUAAAAAAGCGAACGAAGAUGCUCUCCGAAUUCUUCCGCUCGUACGAGCCGUACGGCCACAAAGUCGGCGAAACACAACAAGUGCUCGUCACCGACAUAUCGCACGACAAAAACUAUUUCGUGGCCCACAACGAAUUUUACGAACAAGUGUUAGUACCGAAGGAAGAGAAAUAUAUGGGGAAAAUGCUAACUGUCAAAAUUACGGCGGCUACGAAAUACUCUAUGAUGGGCCAGCCCAUAGACAAGCCAAAGAUGCCCGGUUUGACAGCUCCGUUAAAAAAAGGUGAGGUCUCUGGGCUCUAUGGGGUUGAGAAAAAGAAAAUGGCGGUGCCUUUGCCGAUAUAUGUUCUGAUAUUUGCGGUGGUGUUGAGGCUGAUCUGGUUUUUCUUAUAGUAUUUUGUAAAUAAAAUUGUUUUAAG